UAUGAAUAAAAACAGAAUAUAUGAUAUGGUUCCCAUAAUUUCAAACAAAGGUUCACAAUCAUAUAAUAGAGGUUUGAAAUAGUAAUAAUAAAAAAUACUAAACAUGUUUUUUUGCCAAAAAUAUUCUAAAAUAUAAUCUUCCUCUCAUCAACAACAUCGAUCUAUUAUCUUGACAUCAUGUUGUCACUUCUAUAUAUCUUGAUUGCAAUUCUCAACCAAGGAGUCAAUGGAAGCGUAUUUUGUAUAUUGAGCCUUGAUCUGCAAAUGAAAAACAAACAAAUGCAGUACAAGACAUCAAUCACUAAAUGAAUAUAUUAAAGAGGAUAAUAAAAAAAUAAAUUCUGUUCUAUUUGGCAUAUCAUUAUGAGAUUUUGGAGUAGAUUUUUUCUCAUUCCAUCUAUAAAAAAGACUAGUACUCAUACCAGCAAAGUUAGUAAAGACAAAAGCACAUGCAGCCAAAUUAAACAAAACAACAGGAACAGAGUGAGAGCACAGACAAAGAAAUCACUCAUACCACCAGCAACUCUAGCCCAAAGCACACAAGCACAGCACAGGCUACAUGCUAAGAAAAACUACUACUUUGUUCAGAAUACAGAUUAUGUUCAGCAAAUAUAAUAUACUCCGUAAGUUAUUCCCACGCUUAACUCUUCUAUAUAGUACUCCGAAAGUUUUAUUUCGAAGCAAAAACAGAAUGAAGAUAAAACAGAAUGGGGAAGGGAGGUAUGCUUGUCUGUCUUCUCUAUCUCAGUCAUAUGUGAGGGUGAGUGUAUUUUUUAUCAGGUCUGUCAACUUAACAUAGCAAAUACAAGGACAAGUCUGCCAACCAACUUAACAUAGCAAAUACAAGGACAAGUCUGGCAACUUAACAUAGCAAAUAUAAGGACAAAACCAAAAACAACCUACAUCUUACAUUUAGCAAAAUCAAAGAUGAGAUCCUUGGGAAUUGUUCAUCUUGUGAAUCUCUUAAAGAAGAAGUUAAUAAAAAGGGUACUUUGGCUAAGUUUAAUAAUGCUAGCAAAACCGUGACAAACUUCUUACUUCUUAGAGAAAAGCUUUUCAGCUCUGAAGUAUAAACUUCAUGGCUUUAGUUUGGAGCAAUUGAUCAUACAAACAGACUCUUCAUACUGAGAUGAAAGGAAAAGUUUUUUCAGCUCUCAUGUAUAAGCUCUAUAUCUUACUGAUGAAUACCCCGAACACGAAGUAUCCGGCCUAAUUGGACCAUUCAGAACUUUUACAUAAAAUGCUAAUACGUACUGUUAAAUAAGAAUUCAUCUACACUUGAAGCAUAAAUAUUAAUAUGCACAUUCAAAUAAAUUCAUCUAUGCUCCUGCAUAAUUUCAAACCAGUAAAAAAUACUUCCAUUCAUUUUAUUAUUACUCCAACUUAUUCUAAUUUAUGUCUAAAUAUGUUGCAUUAUAUUGCAUAUUGUAAAAUGUUUGACUUUAACUGUUGCAGCGCAAAAGAGUUAGUGCUGACUUCACAAAGCAAUAAAAAACAUGAUUCAUAUUCAACAGUGUAUUGACUACAAAACUACCAUCAGUUUUCACACCAAGAAUCUAUGUUUGUACUCCCUCUGUUUUACAAUCAAGUUCACACUUUCUUUUUCUAGCCAUCUCAAAAUAAACUUCACACCAUUUUCUCCUUUGAAGGAAACGAACCUGUAGAAUUUUAGCACUUUUCUAAACAAAUUCCUUAAUUCUGGAUUCUUUUAUGACAUUUGGGACCCUAAGCCUAUACAGAUGAGAAUGCAUGGGGAUAGAACUCAUAAUCUCAAUAAAGUCUUAAGGAUUCAAAUAGUUAAUCUCUUAUUAAAGUGGAGCCAUAAGUAGGGGACUCUCACAGUCCCACAACUGCUACAUUAUGGCCUAAUUUCAAAAGUAUAUUUUUGAGAUGCAGCAAGCAGAGCAGAGAACCCCCACCUCAGUUUUGACUACCCUGCCACAUUACACAUUCCUUACAUCUCAAAACAAACCCUAACUAGACAUUUGACAAAAAAUAUGCAGAAACUCAAUCAGCAUUUAAUUCGAAAAUGAGUAAAUACUAAAAAACCAAGCAUACAUGAACAACAACAACAGAUUUCUCUAUGUAAAAAUUCAAAAUGUUACUCCUGCUUCCUUCAGAACAGAGAUUAUGUUCAGCAAAUAUAAUAUACUCCUUAAGUUAUUCCCACGCUUAACUCUUCUAUAUAGUAGUCUGAAAAUUCUGUUUUGAAAAAGAGGAAGAACACACUACUCGCUCUAUUGUGAGGA